GGGUGCGCUAAAGUCAGAGGAGCGAGACAGCUGCACGGUGGCUGUCAUUGACACGCAGGAGCAUGGCUCAGACCUGGGGGAGCUUUCUCUUUUCGCUACUCGAUUACAAAACAGAGAAAUUUAUCAUCGCCAAAAACAAGAAGGUCGGAGUAUUAUUCAGACUCCUUCAACUGGGCGUGAUUGGAUAUCUGAUCGGGUGGGUGUUUAUUUGGAAGAAAGGAUAUCAGGAGACAGAGGAAGCCAUACAGAGUUCUGUUUUCACCAAACUUAAGGGUGUAGAUCUUACCAACAGCAGCACACACGGUCUUCAGCUAUGGGGUGCAGAGGAUUAUGUCAUCCCUUCGCAAGGGGACAGGGUCUUCUUUAUUGUGACAAAUUACCUAGUGACACAAAACCAAAGAUUGAGUUUCUGCCCUGAGAAUCCAAAGGUGCCAGAUGGUUUAUGUAAUUAUCACAAUGACUGCGUGGAAGGGGAAAGUGUCAUAGCAGGCCACGGAGUGAAGACAGGACUCUGCAUAAACCACACAAGGACAUGUGAGAUUCAAGCCUGGUGCCCUGUUGAGCAAGGCCUUACACCACAGGAGCCCAUGUUGGCAAAGGCAGAGAACUUCACAGUCUAUGUAAAGAACUUCAUCAAGUUUCCAAAAUUUGGCUUCUCCAAAUCAAAUGUCCUACUGUCCAGAAAUAGCACAUAUCUGAAGACAUGCACAUAUGAUAGAAAUGAUCACCCCUACUGUCCUAUCUUUCGUGUGGGAGACGUGAUACAAAGGACUGGCUACAAUUUUCAGGAUUUAGCAAAAAAGGGUGGAGCUAUUGGAGUUGGAAUUGAGUGGAAUUGUAAUUUGGAUAAAGAUGAAUCACAUUGUAUCCCUGAAUAUAGCUUCACACGGUUAGAUGCUUCUGAACAUUCAGUCAACUCUUUCACUUCUGGUUAUAACUUCAGAUUUGCUCGAUAUUUCAAAGAUGCAGCAGGGGAGACCUAUCGGAAUCUAUAUAAAGUGUAUGGCAUUCGAUUUGAUAUAAUGGUGAAUGGAAAGGCUGGGAAAUUCAGCAUUAUUCCUACAAUGAUCAAUAUAGGCUCUGGACUUGCACUAAUGGGCGCUGCAGUUUUCGCCUGUGACAUGAUUCUUCUCUACAUGAUGAGCAAGAGCUCCUUCUACAGAGAGACAAAAUUUGAGGCAAUAACCAAGAAACAACCUAGAAAGCACAGAGAGAAAAAGCACAGACAUCAUGUUCAUCAUCGCCAUACUAGACGACACAAGCGGGAAGAAAAAGAGGCAGCAGAGAUGCAGCCACUGACAUCAGUAAUAUCUCAGUCCAACAGUAACCCAGAGAAAGAAAUUCAGCCCAUGGGGUCAUCACCGAAAACUCACAGUCCUGAGAGGAAGCCACUGGGUUUAUUAUCAUUGAGGACUCAACCGGGUACAGAAAAACAGGCGAUUUCGCCCUUAAAAACGCACCACAACCAGUAGAAGAUUUUACUGACACUAAAUCCCACUGGAUAUACUGUGGAUGUACAAAAGGUAUGACAAUGGAUCAAUGCAUCGUGCCAAAGCAGGAAAGUUUCAGUCCUGUUGUUUGAACUUUUUCUAGUUUUUAUGGUGGCAAUGGAAGUUUUUGUUACAAAAAUCCAAAAUUAUUUAUAAGUACACCAGACCUUAAUGAUUAAAGUAAAUCAUUAAACUGAAUAAUUUAUUGUAUAUCUGACCUCGGCAUCAAAAUUAUGUUUGGAAAACAGACAUAAUUUUCAAGCCAUGAAUGAAUGAAUAUUGAAACUUGAAAAUGCCUGCAACACCUCACUGCUUUUAUUUCAAAUAAAUUUAAAAAGGGAAAGAUUAAGAAAUGUUAUCUUAUGAUCUCUGAUGGUUAAAUUAAGUUGCAAAAAUGUGUCUCUGUCUGUAAAAUUAAGGUUAAAGUUUCAAAAUCUAAAUUAUGAGAUUAGGAGCAUCAAAAAGGUACAAAAAGAUACACAACUGUCCUCAUAGGUACCUUUGUUUGUAAACAACACAUUGAAAUGCUGUAACUUUUGGGAUACAAUAUUAGUAUUCCCUAAGAACCUACUGUGUACCUUAAGGAACAAUUCUGUUCCAGUUCAAUUUUAGGGGUACAAAACGUGGAAACAGAACCUUUAAAGGAACCCAAAAAGGUACAACAUUGUAUUAUGUUUAGUAUAAGGUACAAAAUGGAACCGUGGGCUACCACCCCAGCGACAGAAAAGGUAGUUUUGUGAAACUUGUUUACUUACAGUAUUAUUAAUUACUAUGUUGGAUGAUUUUAUGUAGAGAACAGUAAAGUACAAAAAAAAUCACUGAAGCUGGGUUUUCACAGACUGGGUCACAAAUACAUCCAAAUCUUUAACUUGAAUCUUACUCUUGAAAUGUUAUAAGUGUUCUAUUAUAUAUUAAAACACCAUACAUUAAAAUAUUUUAUUAAGUUCUCA